UAUAAAUGUCCUCUUUUAUUUCCUCUAGUUCGUCCCCACACUCAUCAGAAAAACUUAGCUAUUAAACCCUAAAAUACCUCUCCGAUACUCGGUAAUUGAAAGUAUUGUUGGAAUUUGCAUUUGGCAAAACGGAAUGAAGAUCAAAAUUAAUGUCCGAAUCAAAAAAUUGUUUUCGUGCAAUGUAACCCGGCUGGACAAUCCGAACCAUUCGACCGACUUGGAUCUCCGAGAAGAAUAUGCUAAUGCAUUUCGUACCGAAUCAUACAACGAAUUCUGGACACGUGUCCUUGCAUUAAGCAAUGGAGAUUCUGCCACAUGUAAUACCAUGGGGAACACCACAGCAGCUCGGCUCCCAUCCUACCGGCUCUUCGUGGAGCAUCUCUUGGAUCCAGAUCAACCCACUGUAACUCGGAUCCUGGCUUUGACCCAAAACCAUCUUGAAAACCACACCCUAUUAUAUGAUUAUUUCUCCGCAACCGCUGAAGCUUCUCUCCUAUGCGGCCUUUUGUUAAAGAAUAUUGAUCAUACACGUGUCAAAUAUCGAUCUAUCAGAAGCAUUUUAGAAUCCCUUGAAACCGUUCGAGUCUCGUCCAUAACUCAUUUGCCCAAAGUUCUAACCCGUCUAACCAAAUUCUCCAACUCCUUCAACCCAAUUGUCCCAACGGCUUCAUCUCCGCGUUGCUUUCAAGCCGUACAAGACACUUGCUCCGAAUUGAUCAAGCGGCUUGAAUCAAGCCGUGACAAAGUUCGAGCCAAACUCCGGAUAAAGAAAAUGGUGAAACAUGGCUUGGCUAUUUUUCUUGUGGCUUUAACAGCUUCAUUAACAGUAGUUGCCCUAGGUCAUGGUUUAGCAAUGCUUGUUGCUGCUCCAAGUAUUAUGGUAGCUAGGCUGGUUUCGACAAGGAAGCUAGCUAGGCUGUCAGCUCAGCUUGAUACAGCCGCAAAAGGGACUUACAUAUUGAAUAGAGACUUGGACAUGAUAGGUCGGCUCGUGGCUCGGCUAAAUGAUGAGCUGGAGCAUAUGCGAGCCACGGUUAGAUUUUGGCUUAAGCGGGGAGAAGACCGGUUCCAAGCCAGCGGAGAAGUGGCGCGCCAGCUGAAAAUGGAUGACGCAAGCUUUAGAGAACUGGUUGAUGAGUUGGAAGAGCAUUUGUACUUGUGUUUUAUGACCAUCAAUAGAGCUAGAAACCUUGUAAUGCAAGAGAUUUUGGAUCCAGGUUGGAAUCUCUGGGCUCCUAGUCUAAUUUCAAAACCAUUACUAUCACCUUCCUAACCAUAUGUUACAUGUUCUACCAUUAUUUUAGAAGUGUACUGAAAUCCAAUAUUUUAUUUACUUUUUUAAUUCUAAUUCCAA